CGCAUCGAUCACAAUCUGCAAUGUCCAUCCACAAACACUAGAAACUCACAGCCUUUUUUCUCAUUCCAUUCAUCACAUUGAUUAAGCACUAUCCUCUUCAUCAUCGUCAUGGCACCUCUUGGCAUUGCACUUGGUCUCCGUGCUGCCCCCUCAGCGACGAAUAUCCCGAAUUAUGCGCCUGCUUUUCUGUCCUUCCAUUUCAUCUGGGCAUACGGAGUUCUCUCCUCUCGCACUCUGAAGCAAUGGUACGGCAUCGACCACAACGAAUCUCCUAGAUAUGAUCUGGACAAGUACGGCAAUGAUGCAGUAAAGUCUGGUCAGAUCACUCAAAAACAACUGGAUAUGCUGCGUCGCAACGAAUCUGCGCAUGCCAACGCCGUAGAGAAUUACGCGUUCUUCGUGGGAGCUAUCGGGUUCGCUAGUCUUGCUGGAGUCGACCGACGUCUUAUCAAUCGGGCUGGCCUGACGUACACGCUGGCUCGGGUUGCGUACGGCUUUGUAUACAUCCUUAUCGAAGACCGACGUUGGAGCCAGCUCAGGGGCAUCACUUGGUGGAUCGGCAACUGCAGUUGCCUCUAUCUUCUCUGGGAAGCGGGUUCCAAGCUCAACGAGACAGUAUCGCCUUGAGAACGGGCAUGCGUCUCAUGAAAAUGAGGGGCGCGAAGCAGCUGUAGAAGAGCUAAGUUGUAGGCAGAGGUUUGCUACUAGUUGGUUUGAUAUACCAGAACUAUCGUAAUCAACACGAAAAGAUAUCGGCCAUACUACUUGCUGGGUAGCAACCCUUGCACAAGUCUCUCUAUGUUUGCUGACAGAUGAUCCGCAAGUUGUACGGCCAGUCCUGCAGAGAACAGCGUCGCGCUAUACUUCAGCUCGAUGUACAAGCUCCCAUCCCUCUGGUCUACUUCUAUCUUUCUUUGCGACAACUUGUAAACUGGGUCCAAGAUCAAUCGACUUGUGAAGGUGUAGCUAUUGUGGCAUGGACUUUUCGUGAAUGGCCGAAAGGGAAAGCUUACUUGACAGCAGAUCAUAACACGAAAAAGAACUCGUGCAUUUCACAUACGACCAUAGGACGUUGACAACAAGGCUUCCCGUUCGCUCAGCCCUAUUUAAGCAAC